AUGGCUAAAAUUGCCAGAAACUCCAUGGAGCAAGGAGGUCUAUCUGCAGGCCACGGAUGUACAAUUGAGAAGUUUACAAAGAUGAAUCCUCCGGCUUUCUCGAGAGGAACUGAUCCUAUAGUUGCUAAGAAUUGGAUGCAGGAGAUUGAAAAGGUGUUGGCAGUGUUGCAAUGUAUAAAGGAGCUUAGGGUUCUAUUUUCCACGUAUAAACUGACAGAAGAGGCUAAGAGAUGGUGGAUGGACUUUGUCAAGCUGGUAAAUAGAGCAGCUGUGGCAGAAGCCGGAGAGCGGAUGGAUGUUAAGGAACAAAAACAGAAAAAGAGAUCUACACCUUCAGGUUUCCAACCUGCUCGGGGAGGUUAUCAAGCGUCCCGUGGAGGUCAGAAGAGAAAUACGGCUCUGGCGAGAAUUUACACCCUAAGGCCAGGUGGUGCUAAGACAGCCAACGAUGUGGUGACAGUUUCGGAUAUAGACACUUUUGUGGAGGAUUUCUGCAAUGAGCCUAAGAUCACCACCAAGUUGUUUGAUAUGCUCUUCGAGGUUUAUGCAGAUAUUAAAUUGUUGGAAGAGGUUUCUGGGGUUUUUGAGCGUAUGGUGAGAAAAGGGAUUGAGAUUGAUGAGAGGUCUUGUGUUGUUUACUUACUUGCUCUUAAGAAAUCCGGUGAGGGGAAACCAUUGUUGGGGAUCUUACAUAGAAUGGUUGAUGCAGGAAAGGAUAGAUCAAAAGAGCGAAGAGCUUUGGAUUUUAAGGAAGUCGAUGAGAUCUUGAGGUUGAUGGAGGAAGAUGCAGUGGAUUACAAAAUGUCAACAUAUACAAUCCUUAUUAAAGGGUACUCGAGCAAUGGGAAGAUUGAGGAAGUAGGGACGCUCUUUGAGGGGGUGCAUGAGAAAGGUAUAGAACCAAAUCUCCUUGUAUACACUGUAGUUACUAGCUUGAAUUGUAGAUUAGGAAAAAUGAUGAAAGCAUAUGCGUUGUUUGAUGAAUUGAUUGAGAGAGACCUUGUUCUAAAUGCCCACGCCUAUGGGGCUUUGAUUAAUGGCCUGUGCAAGGCACGGAAGAUGGAGGCAGCAAAAAUCUUCGUAGAUGAAAUGCAAAGCAAAGGAAUUGAUGUAAAUCACAUCAUAUUUACUAUUUUAAUGGAUGGGUAUUGCAAAAGAGGGACGAUAGAUGAAACUCAAGGGCUUUAG